AUGACUUCUUGGGACAAAAAUAGUUUUUCAAGACCAGUUGAUCCAUCAUCAUCAUCAAUGCGAAAUGCUCCAGCACUAACGAUGCCAACAAAUAAUUAUUUUGUACCAGUUUCAAAAUAUAGUUCUCAAGUUCAUCCACAGUAUGGUGGUGAUGGACGACAAAUACAACAACCAGGGUAUCAACCAAAAUAUAUUGAAGCAUCGCAACCAACACGAGUAGAUAUCAGUCAGACGAGUGAGCCCAAAUCAUGGAUAGAUCGUAUCACAGUAAGCCAUGUAGUUGGGUUUUUUCCGGGUCUUCUGCUUACUGCGAUUCCAAUGGGUGUACUCAUUACUUUAUAUGUUCUGGCAUCAUCGUCUAAUAAUACGACAAGCUCCACAGUAUCAUCAACAAGUGCGACAUCAGUCACUCUACCGUAUCAAUGUACGACUUACAGUUCAAUCAAUGAUAUGUCACGUCUCUCAAAUUAUAAUGCUGGCUGUUGUCCUUGUGAUUCUAGUUACAAUGGUUGGUAUCGAUUUAUAGGAUCAUCAGGCAGCCAAUUGAUUACAUUUCCUGUGAACAUAGGUUUUUGUAGUACAAGUGCUCCUGGUUGGUGGAAUGGUACUCAUCCAUCAACUGUUGGUGCAACGGCAAAUGGAAAUUUUUGUACUAAUUAUGCUGGAUAUAUAUGUAAUCCAUCGUACUCAGCUGCUUCGGUGCUUGCAACUAAUUGUAGUGGAUUUUAUGUUUAUUAUUUAGUACCUCUUUAUUGUUGCUGUGGCAUUUACCCACGCUACUGCACUAUGUAG